AUGUAUUAUGAGCUUUUCGAAUCCUCUGACGAGGACACUUUACCCAUGCGGGAAACCCCCAUGCCACAAGAAGUGUUUGAAACCAGCGACUGGGCCAGCACUCAAAUAGCGCUAGAAGCGGCUCUAGUUGUCUUUGACCUACAAGGUGCGAUAAUACACGAACUGCGAGGGAAAAUUGCAGCACUAGAUAUUGACAUAAGUCAACUGACAGCCGCGGCCGCAAGUCAUGCAAUCACCUCAUCGAAACAACAGAUAUUUGACACUGCAGUCAAACUGGAAUCAGCGACCAUUAGUGCCAAACAGAUAUUAAUUUAG